UAAAUUUUUGAACUUUUCCAGAAAUACAAUUCAAAGACGUCAAGCACAACAGUCUAGUUGAAGCAAGUGGGUGUUACUGUUACACUGAAUAUAAAUUACCAAGUUGUGCUAUUUUAGAAAGCAGUUGCUGGUGUCAAUUUACAUAAGAUGUCAGCACCACCACUACCUGGUGACAAACCCCCAGCUUAUAAUGGAGCAGCCCCACCUCCAGCCAACGGUGUGCCACAAGGCUACGGACCUCCCCCAGGAUAUUCAAGUUACCAAUCUGGGGCACCACCAGGUUACCAGCCAGCUCCACAGCGAGUGGUGUACCCCCAACCCAUGCCGUACCGCCAACCAGUCACAGUUACGCAUACCACCAACGUAGUGGUCGUUGGAGGCUGCCCAGCCUGUCGUGUAGGCGUUCUGGAAGAUGACUUCACCGUUCUUGGUGUACUCUGUGCUAUAUUGUUCUUUCCGCUUGGUAUCUUGUGCUGCCUAGCCAUGAGGCAGCGAAGAUGCCCAAACUGUGGCGCAGUAUUUGGUUAAGAAGCACUAUUGUAUAGCAAUAUUUUCCAAUAGUAAUUAUACAAAACUAGGUCUUUGGGAAAUUAUAAAAUUUAACUAUAUAUCUCAGUAGCUUUGUUGGACAAAUAAUCACUUUUGUGAAUAUAAACAAAAAGUGAACUUAUUUCAUUGUUAAUUGUCAUGUUUUUAUUUGUUUUUUAAUUUCUAAACAAUAAAAUAAUAAUAGAGAUUUCAUUCCAGACUAAGUUGAGAAAGUGAUAAUCAGUGGGUUUUGUGUUUAAAAUUAAAAUUAUGACAAAUUAUUUUGAUAUACAUGCCAACGUUAAUAUAAUAAAAGGCCAAACUGAUUACAUACUAUUAUAUUUCAUGGUUAAUACGAUGAAUAUAUAUGAUUAAUUAUUGACUAAUUAAUUCGUAUGCAUUCAAUGGUGUUAGUACAAUUAUAGUUAAAUAAUUUUUAAAUGUUGGCAUAAAAUGCAUAUUCAGGAACGUGCAUAAAUUGUAAUUAAUGAACAUAUACCAUAUUUAGUACAGUACGUCGCAAGAAAUUUACAUCAUGCAUAUUCAUCAGUCGUCUCUAAAUUCAUCUUUCUAGUACAGUAAAUAUAUAUUUUGUCUAAUCUACUUAUUUAAAUUUAUAAAAGUAUAUUGUAUUAACUAAGAUUUGAAUACAAAUACUUUUUUUUUUCUUAACAUGCUGACAUAUUUUUUUUUAGAUUUGAGCUUUGACUAAUUUAUUAUUGACUAAUUGAUUCAUUUGUCUAAUUGUCAAAUUACUAUCUAAUUUAAUUGCUUUUUGAGCACAGUGUUCUUCGAUUACAUAUUU